CUAACAACCAAGCUUGCCUCAAGCUUGCAACCAUCAAGCACCAGCGAGCUAGCGCAACUCGACACCAAUAAGACAAAAACGCGCAGCGCAAAGGCAACUAAAGCGCUAUGGCUCCCGUCUCCGAGCCGCUGUCGCCCGGCGCGCAAGGCGCGGCCGGCGUGACCAAGAGCCAGGUCCGGCCCGACCUGCUGGCUUGGGGCGUCAAUCAGCUAUGGGGGCUGGAGCAGGCGGUGGAGAACUGGCUGGUGGGCUGGACGCCCAACCGCAUUCCCGACCUGCGCGGCCGCACGGCACUGGUGACGGGCGGCAGCAGCGGCAUCGGGCUGGAGGUGGCGCGCAAGCUGGCGCAGAACUGCUGCCGCGUCAUGCUGGUGGCGCGGGACCUAGCCAAGGGUGAGGCGGCGGCGGCGCACAUCCGGGAGAGCCUGGGUGACACCGUCAACGCCGGGACCGUGGAGGUGCUGCAGUGCAACCUGCUGUCACUGUCUGAGGUGGGAUCGCUGGUGGCUGAGGUGAAGCGGCGGCUGCGGGCGGCGGACCGCGGCAGGGACCCCGCGCACCCCGAGGGCGCGGGCGGACUGCACAUGCUGGUGUGCAACGCAGCCAUUUUCCAGCCGGGGGGCCUGGUGCGCUCCCCCCAGGGCAUCGAGCAGACCCUGGCCGUCGACUUCUACGCGCACGUGUCGCUGACCUUCGGGCUGAUGGAGGAGCUGAAGAAGGGCGCGGCGGGGCGCGGCGGGGCGCGCAUCGUGCUGCAGGCCAGCCAGGCUGAGCAGUUCGCGACGUACGACCCCGACAACCUCAAGGGCGAGCGCUUCACAGACAGCGGCAUGCAGCCCUACGCGUGCGCCAAGCUGUGGCUGCUCAUGUGGGGCGACGAGCUGCAGCGCCGGCUGAGGGCGCAGGGCGGAGACAGCGCCCGGAUCGACGUGUUCGCGGUGCACCCGGGUCUGGUUGACUCGCCGCUGAUGGACAAGGCCGACACAGCCCGGCACUGGAACGCCGCGCUCAUCGUGCUGCAGAACUGCGUCCUGGGCAUGCCCACCUGGCGCGGCAGCCUGCCCGCCCUGUACGCAGCCACGGAGCCGAGCCUGGCCGGCACCGGCUUCCGCUACUUCGGACCCAACUGGCUCAACAGCAACAUGCUGGGAGAGCGCAAGCCGGGCAACUGGCUGUGGCGGCGCGGCGGGCCCGAGCUGCGCAGCCGCCUGUUCGACGACGUGGCCAAGGUGCUGGCGGAGGUGGGGCAGAAGCCCAAGCACGUGCCGCCGCCGGCGGCCGGCAGCAGCGCCGCCCACAGCGCCGCCGGCGUCAGGGGCGGGCGCAAGCAGCAGUACGGCGCGGCAGAGGCGGCGGAGAAGGCGGCGGCGGCGGUGGCGCCCAAGGGCCACGCGGUGGCGGCGCACUGAUUGGGAUGCUGGUCGUAGUUGGCUGCUGAUUUUGAUGGAUGAUGAGUGCCGGUAGGUGAUGAGUGUCAAGUUGGAGUGUGGUGGGGCGACAGCGCUUUGCAUAGUAUACGUGCGAAGCGGCGAGGUGCAUGAAGGCACGUUUGGGUUGGUGGUUGCGAUUGCGAAUGCAUGUAUGGCAUCCGCCGCAUGCACGGACGAGUGCUGAUGUGGGUCGUGGGAUGGAAUUUGUAUGUUCUGGGUAGGGGCGGCCUCUGCAAGUUUUGCGCACGUGGGUAUGCGCCGCAAGAUGAAGAAGCAAAAGGGCUGUUAGUACGGUCCUAUUGU